UUACAAAUAGAAAGACUAGUUUCUAUUUUAUUCCUAUUUGUCGAUGAAUGUGUUCGAGAAAUAGAAGAUAACCUCCACAGCCCAGUGGUCUCGACAAACUCAAAAUUCAAAAAAUAUGUUAUUUUGAUUUUCUUAUUUUUCUAUCGGAAACGGAAGCAAGCAGAUGAUUCCCACGACCAUUCGUCUCCAUUAUUUGAGGGCCUGCUUCCUCUACAACAUCAGCACUGCAUACGCCUUAAGCGAUGAUCAAGUUGCGGAAAUCGAUUUUGAGGGGAAUUUUUUUUCGAACCGCCCAAAUCGAAUCAGUGCACAGUCACGAUCUCGACCUCUUGGAGAUAGUGGAUCUCGAUCGCUUGCAGAAUUGGCUGGCGAUGUUUCCUCCACCUCUAGUACCACACGGGACAAGCAAGUAGAGGACGCUGUGACUGAUGCUGAAGAGAAUAUUUUUGACGUCGAUCACGAUAAAGUUAAAGGAGAUGUUGAUGAUGCACCAUCUUCGACUUCCGCGGAUCCAUCUUCAACUCGUGACGAUCAGGAAGACAUCACUUCAAACAAUGUUUUGGUUGACAUUUUCGGUCGCAAAUAUUAUGCGACUGGAUCCGACGCUUCCUUCGGUGCCUGUAUCGCAUCGGCGCUGGCAGCUAUCACAUUCGUGCUUUGUGGUGUCAAGACGAUCGUCUCUUACCGUCGUGCACAACAUGUUGCUUAUCUUCAAGGACAGGCGCGGUUUGAAGAUGUUACGGCUGCAACGUGCACGUGCUCCACGAUAAAUUUAAAUGCAUCAUUGCUUCUAGAGCUAGAGCUACUUAGAACCAUCCCAGAAAAGUGACCUAAAUUUUCGACAUGUUUUUACUUCUAGGUAGUUGUAGUUCUACAGGGCUUCUACAAUGAUAUCAAUCUAGUUGUAAUAUCAAUAUAAUUAAUAGGGAAAAGAGUCUAAAUUAAAAUUUGACGAGGAGAAGGAGGUGGACUACCUACUAGAAGCUGACGAGGACGAUGCUGAAAUGCUCAUGAGUAAAGCAGCUGACGAGGACGAUGCUGAGUCUGAGAUGAUAAUGAGCCUGCUGAUGAAAAACUCGAGAGGCAGAAGGACUAGUGCUCUGUUGAAAGGACGCGAAGAUAUUAAAGUAACAAGAAGUGGAAGAAUGUCAAGCAGUGGACGCGAAGAUAAAGUAACAAGAAGUGGAAGAAUGUCAAGCAGUGGAAGGAGGACUACGAAAACUUCUCCUCUAGGAUUCUCAUCGAUAGGAGCUCCGCGUUCCUUACGCGUUUUUUCGUUUUUCCUCGCAAGUUUCGCCAUGGCGUUGAUGCUUUUGUGCUUUUUUUAUGAAUUUGAUGUUUUUUCACCCACUUGUCUUUAACAGACCAUAAUGUUCGGGGCAGCCCCUUUUCCCAUUGUUGAAAGGGUAUAGAUAAUUAGUACAUUAUAAGAGAAGGGUCCGUCCUCGGUGGUUUCCCUACUCGAAAACUAGAAAUAACCGAGUAACAAACAUGAUAAUAACCGGGUUGUGUCUAAGAUUAGAUUAUUCUCGAAGGAGCUACAACUCGGUCGUUAUUUCAGUCUUCUGCAUCUAGAGGUGAGAAAAACAACAUGGUUCAUAAUUUUCACUCAGUGCUCGCGCCAUUGCCCUCAGCAGUAUUUUUUCCUGGCAUCAAGAAGAAGUCGACGCAUUCAGACGAAACAACUGAGCGUGGUGAUAACGGAGCGGCCGGAAAGACAUCUCGGGAGGCGGAAAACUACGAUUGCUGCAAAUGCUGCGGUGGUGGUGUUGGUGGUGGUGGUUGUUCUUCAUGUAGCGCUACGCGCACAGAAGAAGAAGAUACUAGCCUAGGACAAGGCACUAGAACUAGUAACGAAAAAGAAAGGCCAGAACAAGGACCUCCUAGUAAUACGAAGAUAGAAGACAUGCAUCAGCAUGCAGUAGAUGUUGAAGGACAAGACCUAGAAAAGGAGGUAGAGGUACCAGCACCAGUUGUACCAGUAGGUGCUGGUCGUGUUGUAAAAGAGGUUAAAUUUUCCGCAUCUAGUAGUACUAGAAAGGAAAAAUCUUCCGCAUCCAGUAGCACUUCAUCUUCUAGUACUUCUAGGUCGCAGAUAGAGACCUCCACAUUUCUAGAAGCAGGAGAACGAGCCUUAGGGGAGCGCCAACAUGAGGCUGGUUCAUGGACUCUACGAGCAGCUGGCUGCUUCUUUUAAGGCUUCCUCUCAUCGAUCUUGACAUCCAUACUCCUGAUAAGGGUUUUCAAGGGCGAAAGGUUUUGGCACUCAGAUUCCAUCCGUCUCAAGAAGAUGAAUUAGGGUUCGUUCGCUCUAAUUCUUAGUCUUCUCAGGUGGUUUUCUAGCCGCAUUCGGUACUGCUGUUCUCUUCUCUUCUCGAGAAGUAUGGAAAGCACAAAACCCACGACUAGAAGAUGUUGUAGAAGGUGGAAUAGAACAAGCAGGAGAUGAAGAUGCUAGUACUAGGGGAGAAGAAGGACGAAACACACAAACAUGUGCUUUAAUAUUUCUCGAAAGUGCAUCAUCAUCUUCUCAAUUACAACGCUCAUCAGGUAGAAGAUCAGGAUCGUUCAUCUCUCAGAUUGGUGGAUCGCAAUCUUCCUUUGAAGAUAAUGCACCUGCACUCGAUGAAAGUAUCCACCUAGAAGAACAAGAAUUAGAACAAGAACAAGAAUUAGAAGGCCUAAAAGAGCAACAUGAAGAGCAGGAGCUGCAAAAGGCAGAAGAGGUGGCAAGAAGACGGAAGUUCGGCACGGCUGGACAUGUGAUGGAAAAUUAAGAAUACCAGUGUUUGUAGUGGCUCAUCGUCCUGACUGGAUGAUUCUUGACUGGUCGAUUUCGAUUUGUUACUGUUUCCCUUAUGCGAUCGUAUGAGUCAACAAAGGGUCGAAUUUCUUGCAAAUUUUUUGAAAGUGCAAGAACCCACUCGUACAUGCUUCUCGUACUUUUAGAGCCAAGGAUCAGCAUACUCAUGACAUAAAAAGCUAUCUUAAUACAACCACCUUUAAGAAAAGCUCCUUGAAGAAGAAAUUGCGCCCCCCUUUAUACGAGCACAACGGGGGAGCGUGGUAAUGAUUGAACGGGUUCGGCAUCGACAUUGCGUUGCGUUCACGAUCCUAGGCCUUUUCUACACGCUUUUAGCAGGCUUGCAGCUUCUUCCAUUUCAUCCGGCCAUCCACAAAACCGGACAACUCAUCGCGUUCGGAUCGCCUUUGACCUCGACAGCGAUUUUGUCAAUGGUAUGUUCGGCUCUGGUUACCUUCCCCGAUGCCAAAUCCGUGGCUGCGUGUUUAAGGCUAGAGAUUCACUACAUUCACUUUUUCUGAAGUAGACAACAUUUCCUUAAUAUCUCAAGAGCAUGCUGUCUUAUUAAGAGGAAAACUUUUAUCAGUCACAACGAAUAAGAAUAGGGACAUCUAUAUUAAGCCUUAAACACUUGUACUUGAUCCUAGUCAAUGUGAUUUAGGACAACAAGAACUCAGGCCUUGUUGGAGGACACAUCUAGUGUCUUACUCCUGUCUCAUGAGGAUCUCGUAUCCUACUGCCUAGGAGCUUUUCUGCUAGUACAUGAUCUACGAAUAAUAUGGAUUGGCUUCUUCCUUUUCAUAAGGUUGGGGCUUAGGUCCAGCGGCGCUCAAAGCACUAAAUAAAGCAGCCGGUUAGUUUUUACCUCUAGAGUCCUAGCCCUUACAUAUGCUACCCCUGUGGUCUCAUGGGAAGGAUCUAAUACCGUACUGCCUAGGAGCUUUUCUGCUGGCAGCAGGUAUUGCUGCGGGACUGUUUCUCGACGAUGCAUGUGGCUUCAACUACGGAAGAAUUGUAACUAAAAUUCUUGGAACAAGAACCGGAAAAUCAUCGUCAGGUUCAACUACAAUUUCUACUCUUGUCAUGCCGAAAGUAGUCCGCGAUGAAGUUCAUGGGGUAAUUCAUCAACUGUCGUCAUCUCGGUGUCCUCUCGAUCCGAUGAUGCCGAAUUGGAACCAUCACGCGCUUCAGUACUGUCUCUCUGCUGUGGCUGCGCCGCUUCUGCUCCUCGGCGCUCGAGACAUGCAUGCGAUUGUGCAAAGGGAUCACUUUUUGGCUGAAGACGCUAGCGAUGAUGUAGCUGUUGGGGCUACAGGAUGAUGAUGAUGAUGCAGCUGUAAAUGAAAAUAAAUCCUAUUAGCUAGUACACCUGAGUGCUUAAUAUGGUCAUGAUGAUUCAGGUUCUCGUCCACCUGGACGAGAGCGAACGAUGAAUAGAGGACCACGCGCCGAACUGGUUUUUCUAAGAAAAUUCAAUUUGAACUUUCAGGAUAUCAAAGAUCAUCUUGUCUG